AAAAAUUAUUUUUUUUGUGAAAAAAAAUAAUUGUGACGGAUUAUACGGUGAAAUUUUCACUGGAAAUCACCGGAAAACACGAACUCGGGCCGAAUUAAGUAAGUUCGACAGUGAUUCCGUGGGUGUAAGUCCUAGAAAGGGUGUGACGUCACCCAACCAAGUUGGCAACGAGGGAGAAAAAUUCUUACGAGGACACUUUUCCAGCCCAGCUGUUCAACUUUUCAACGUGAGCUCUCUACGGAAAAUUCACCAAACCAGUACAACAUGUUUCUCAUCUGGAUAUUUAUAAUAAUUGAAGGGGUUCAAGGAAACGUCGUAACCAGGUCGUUAAAAGGCACCACCAUCUAUGCCGAAAAUCUUGGAGUCACAAAAAUGUAUCACCAGACUUGGAGACUUAUAUUAGGGAUAGACGUCUCUGGUAUCAAUGACCAUUUUCAACAAAUUCAAGAAAACUACGAAAGGAGUCUCAAAAUGUGUAACCGUUGCUCAGAAGAACUAACAUUGAAAGCAUUGAAUAAUAGGAUUGUUAGGUUAGAAGAGAGUAAAUCGGUUCUGAACCAAAUGCUUGGAGUUGGACGUAGAAAGAGAGGAUUCUUAAACAUCGUUGGUACCCUGUCUAAAACUCUUUUUGGCACUUUAGACGAAACCGACUUAACUUUGAUAAACCAUGAAUUUGAUUCCAUAUAUUCUGAUAACAAAAUUCUUGCUGACACACUCGGGAAUCAAACAAGGAUGAUAAAAUCUUGGCUAAGUUCAACAUCUCAUGAUUUACAACUAAUGAAAGAUCACUCCAUUAGUUCUGUCAGCGAAUUAAAUAAUAUUCUCAAUGCUACUAAUGCUAAUCAACAAAACCUCCUUAUUUCCAAUAUUAUUACUUUGUGCAGUAUGGCUAUAAGUGAAUUGAGUGAAGAACUCAAUCUUAUUAUCGAUGCCAUAAACGACGGUAAACAUGGAAUUGUCCACCCCCAAAUAUUGACGCCUUCCAUUCUCAUACGGGAACUGAAACAGUUCGAAGAUUCUUCCAAUACUAAAUAUCCCAUUCGUCUCAUUACGCAAAAUUAUCAACACAUCAUCGACAUCUCCGAGGUCUCAAUUGCCAUUACAAACAAAAGGCUUGUAUAUGUGUUACGAAUACCAAUCUUAGAAUAUGAAGAUUUGCAAACACUUCACUUAAUCCCAAUUCCCAUCCAACAUGCAAAUGGAUUCAUAGCUCCAAUUCCUACCCAUGAAAUUAUUUUAGUAAACACUGAAAAAAGCUUCUACAUCCCUAGCGACAUGUUUGCGCUACGACAAUGUAAAGAAACUAACGAUCUGAGAGUUUGUAAACGCGUUCAACCUUCUUAUUUAAUCAGCGAAGUACAAAGUUGCGAAACUAAUAUUCUUAAAAAUCAGAAUAAAGUUAUCAACGACCACAUGUGUCAAUUCUCUGCUUUUCAGAUUAUUGAAGUAGUAUAUAUACCAUUGAAAGAUCCUAACCAAUUCAUUAUCAUUCCACAAAAAGAAGUAGAAUUAAGCGCAUUAUGUAAUUCACAAUCUCAAACAAUUGUAAUAACAGAACCUUCUUUAGUUUAUAGUAAAACUGAUUGUAUUCUACAAACUCCAAAAUCUAUAUUAAAAAUGCAUCAAUCCAUGGAACGACGAACUGAUAUUAUAUAUAAGAAAAACAUAUCGUACACAAUUGAUCAGGCAGACUUUGAAUUGUUAACUUCACAAUUACCCACUGUACAAGACUCACUUCACCACGAAAACUUAAAAUUUCUACGACAAAACUUAGAUUUAAUGGAAAAUUCACUACAAAAAAUAAAAAAUCGACGCAGAAAUAAAACGUGGAUAGAAAAGGGAACAGAUUUUAUAACUUAUUUAGGUUAUACAUCAUUGUUAAUUGUAUUUUUGUUUACCAUGUAUAAGAUAGGAUUUUGCGAAUUACUUAGCAAAUUGAUACCUAAAAAUUUGUGUAUAAAAUUGUUCUGUGUAAAUGCUAACGUAAAUGCCACGCCAGUAGUCCAUUAUGCUUCCGUUGCUUCCGCCCCUGAGCAAGUAAUGACAAAUGAUCCAGUCAUUGUCUCAAAGUCUGUUAGGUUGCGAACUUAGAGACUAAGUUCAAUCUAAGACGGGAGGUGUGACGAGGCCCUACGAUUUCUCUUUUAAGUACAAGGACAGAUAUCGCACAAGACGACUUUUCAAUAGACAGGAAGCAUUUCCCCCGAAAACCGGACUAGACUGCAUUCCUUACGCAAUACAAAAGACAACCAUCCUGACUUUUCCCAAAAAGGACUAAAAGGGCAGAUUGAUGUUGACUGGCAUACGUGUGAGACGCAUUUUCUCUCCGCUUUAAAAUAAAAGUGUAAAAUAACAAGUGUUUGUUUUAUAAUAAAAAAUAAAGUAUUAAAUUAAAAUACUAAUUUAUUAUUUUCCCGUCACAAUUGUAUACAAAAUUACGUUCUAUUGCCAUCGAUGGUGAUAGACAGACGUGAAAAUAACAACAUUCAGCAAAUUCUAUUUUUCGCUGGUUUUAUCAAAAUAAAGAGAGUGACUAGUGCCCGGUGAACGUGAUAUAAUACACACGUGAUCCUGUGAAAUUCAAGAACCGAACACACAAAUAUACUUUUAAAGUAGAGGAAUUUAUUGUGUUCGGUUGUUGCUCUCAUAAUUUAAAAAGGUUCGACUUUUUCGUAUCGACUCGGUAACCCGAACACAAUCUAUAAGUUAUUUAAUAAUGAAAAUCAGACUAUUUUCGAGGGUGUGCAAAAAUAAGUCGAUAGAAAUAAAUAAAUAAUAAAAAUAAAAUAUAUAUGUAACUCAUACGUUCCGUGUUCUCUGACAGAAUAUAAGGUACAAUGUAAUAAAUGUAAAACGCGCCAAAAAAAAAAAUAAAAAAAUCCAUAAAUCAUGGACCAAAAAACGGUUAUCAAAGAAUUUAGUGUCAUGAAAAGAAAAAAAUACUAUGUGGCAAUUAUUGUGUAUCCAAUUGUAUGUCUUUAUGUGCGUAUUCUGGUGUAUUAACUGUAAGGUGGAGUCUGUCAAUUUAUUUCUGAACAUUUACACUGAGAAAAAUUUUUUUAAAUUUAAAGUUUUUAAAAAAUUUUUUUUUAAACUUUUUUACAAAAAAUUUUUUUUUAGUUAAAGAA